AUGGCUACCAAAGGAAGUUUAUUUGCGUCAAAUCUGAGAGCAAAAAAGAAAAUCCCGCCCGAACUAGCACAAACUCUGCCUUUGCCGGUGCACGAUAAAGCUGCAGCCGAAUCGUUGCAGAUAGAAGCCAUUUUUACGGGUUUCUCAAUCGAUGUAACGCAUUCCGAUUCGAUUCGUGUGUUAUGCUUAAACGGAGGCUUUGGCCAGGGAAUGCAGUCUCGGGCAUUUCCGGCCUGUAUUACAAAUUCACGGCAGCAGGUUCGCAAGCGCAAACGAAACACGACAACAUCAGCAGGCGUAGAGCCUAAUUCUAGCCAAACGCUUGAGAAUGAGCCUCUUUGCUUAUUCUUGGAGGAAGCAUUCUUUUUGAUGCACACGCUAGGCAUUUUGCAUUUAAAAGACUUAUUCGAUAAUACUAUAAGGCCACUAGAGGCCUUUGAAAAGUUUCGUAAAAUAAAGAAAAACUUCCUAGCGUGCUACUGUGCGUAUUUGUAUCUGAAGUCGAAGAAUUGGGUCAUUAAGAGUGGAAUCAAAUUCGGUGGAGAUUUCGUGAUAUACGUGAAAGGUCCGCAGUUUUACCAUGCAUCGUACAUUGUACUGGUACAGGAGAUGUUUGAAGGAAAACAGAUCGAUUCACAUGCUGUCGAUGGUUUGGACUUUCAAGGUUUCAAUCGGAUUGCGGAAACUACAGCAAAGGAUAUACUGUUCCUGGAGGUGCACUAUCCCUCAACGUUAGAUCGAAUGGAUAAUGUCGCCUGUUUGGCAGGAUUGAAAGAUGUACGUGUUGCUGAACUGUUCACAAAGCACCACAACUAUUUGGCAGCACGAAAUCAAUCAUGA